AUGGUUGAGGAACUGAGCAAAGAGCAAGUCGAAAUGUUGAAAAAGGCAUUUGACAUGUUCGACAGAGAAAAGAAAGGCUCCAUCCACACAUCUAUGGUAUCCACAAUCCUUAGAACUCUUGGUCAGACAUUCGUAGAAAGUGAACUAAAAGAAUUAAUAAUAGAAAUUGAUUCCGACGGCAGUGGAGAAUUAGAGUUCGAUGAAUUCUUGGCUCUUACUGCAAGGUUUUUGGUGGAAGAGGAUUCCGAAGCGAUGCAAGAAGAGCUAAGGGAGGCAUUUAGGAUGUACGAUAAAGAAGGCAAUGGGUAUAUCAACGUUUCGGAUCUGAGAGAAAUCCUUAGAGCCCUGGAUGACAAACUGACUGAGGAUGAGUUGGAUGAGAUGAUUGCUGAGAUCGACACAGACGGUAGCGGUACUGUUGACUUUGAUGAGUUCAUGGAGAUGAUGACAGGCGACUGA